CUUUUAUAACUUCAUUCCUAUUUCAGACCUUUUCUCUUCUUCCUCUGUCUGCACUUCAUUUCAUUCAUUCAUUCUUCUAUUUGUCCACUGAGCUCGACAGAAUGGGGAAUUGUCAAGCAGUGGAUACAGCAACUCUAGUCAUACAACAUCCAGGUGGUAAAGUAGAAAGAUGGUAUUGGCCGAUACUUGCAAGAGAAAUCAUGAAAACAAAUCCAGGUCAUUACGUCGCGCUUAUAAUUACGUUAUGUGUGCCGCAGCAGCAGCAGCAGCAACAGCAACAGCAACAAGAAUCAAAGAAGAAACAAGAGUCACAGACGAUGGUAGUUGAGAAUCGCAGGGUUCGAAUUACUCGUGUUAAGAUUCUUCGUCCGAAUGAUACACUUGCUCUUGGUCAAGCUUAUAGACUUAUUAGCUCUGAAGAGGUUAUGAAAGGUGUAUGGGCAAAGAAGUACGCCAAAAUGAAGAAGAAAGACUUGGAGUUGAUGAUGAGUACUGAUAAACCUAUUCAGGUUUGUCAAAAACAAAGUUCGUUAGGAUGUGAUAAUCGGAAAGAACAGAAAAUAACAGCAGAGCCGCCGGAAAUGAUGCUCAAUCAGGGACCUAAACUAGAAAGACAUAGACAAAGAUUUACACAUUCAACUUCAGGAAGGUUAAGAACAUGGCGACCUUCAUUACAAAGUAUCUCUGAGCAGGCUGGAAGCUGAUUCCGAAACGGAUCUUUGUUUUUCUAAUCACAACCAUAACUAAACCAGCAUAGAAGAGAACGAAAUGUCUGAAGCAGACAACAAAUCCUUCCAAGUUGGAGUUUUUCGCUGGGGAAAUAUACAUGGGUCAGGAAAUCAUCGUUGUUUGAACCAGUCCAUGGUAAAUUGACCGCUUGUAUAGCCAGAAUGAGAAAUGCAUCAGAAUCCUUGUAAUCUCACCACUGUCAUUUAAUGAAACUAGGUUUAUGACUCAAUUUUUACAGCA